UCUCUUACACACUUCACACGCUAACCAGAGAGAUAUUUAGAGAGAGAGAGAAAGAGAGAGAUUUGCAUUGCGAAAGCUAACUAGAGAGAAUGUCGUCGGCGGCGAGAGUAGAUCUGGACGGAAAUCCAAUCAAGACCUUAACAAUAUGCAUGAUAGGAGCCGGCGGUUUCAUAGGUUCACACCUCUGCGAGAAACUCAUGUCCGAAACCUCCCAUAAGGUCCUAGCGGUCGACGUCUACAACGACAAGAUUAAACAUCUCCUUGAACCUAAUUCUCUCCCCUGGGCAGAUCGCAUCCAGUUUCAUCGCAUCAACAUCAAGAACGAUUCCAGGCUCGAAGGACUAAUCAAGAUGGCAGAUCUGACUAUAAAUCUGGCGGCGAUCUGUACUCCGGCGGAUUAUAAUACUCGUCCUCUUGAUACAAUUUACAGUAAUUUCAUUGACGCACUUCCUGUGGUCAAGUACUGUUCAGAAAAUAACAAGCGUCUUAUCCACUUCUCUACAUGUGAAAUUUAUGGUAAAACAGUUGGCAGCUUCCUUCCAACUGACCAUCCAUUGCGUCAGGAUCCUGCUUUUUGUGUUCUAUCGGAAGAUUCAUCUCCUUGUAUAUUCGGUCCUAUUGAUAAGCAAAGAUGGUCAUAUGCUUGUGCAAAGCAGUUGAUUGAGAGGUUGAUUUAUGCUGAAGGUGCUGAGAAUGGUCUUGAAUUCACAAUUGUGAGACCUUUCAAUUGGAUUGGUCCAAGAAUGGAUUUCAUUCCCGGAAUCGAUGGUCCUAGUGAGGGUGUGCCAAGAGUUCUAGCAUGCUUCAGUAAUAAUCUUCUCAGGCGUGAACCACUCAAGUUGGUGGAUGGUGGUGAGUCUCAAAGAACUUUCAUAUAUAUCAAGGAUGCCAUUGAAGCUGUUCAUUUGAUGAUUGAAAAUCCAGCUAGGGCUAAUGGUCAUAUAUUCAAUGUGGGUAACCCGAAUAACGAAGUGACUGUUAGGCAGCUUGCUGAAAUGAUGAUUCAGGUUUACUCAAAGGUGAGUGGAGAGGAGACCCCUGAAGUAGCAACAGUUGAUGUGAGCUCCAAGGUGUUCUAUGGUGAAGGUUAUGAUGACAGUGAUAAGCGAAUUCCAGACAUGACCAUAAUCAAUAGGCAACUAGGUUGGAACCCAAAGACAUCACUUUGGGACCUGCUGGAAUCGACCCUUACCUAUCAACACAGAACAUACGCGGAGGCUAUCAAGCAAGCCAUUUCGAAACCAGUUUCAACAAGCUGAGGAGGUUCAUUUGUGUCGUCAAUCCGACACCAUGAGAAACAUUGUCAUCUCAUAAAUGGUUUAUUAUUAUUAUUAUUGUAUGAUUUUAUUUGUUUGUGGCCUACUACUAAUAGAAUAGAGUAUUUAUGAACAGACAGACAUCGGAUGAUGCUGAAAAAAUCUAGAAUUUUGGCCGCUGGGGGAGGAGGAAAUGUCAUAUACGUGCUGUUAAAAUUAUUCAUGGACAUAAGGCUAUUGUAUUUCUAAUGUAUUAUUAUUAUUAUUCAUUGUUACAACUCUCA